AUGGAACGGUGGUUCAAAACGGGCUCCAUCAGACCUGAAAAUCGUCAGCCAACAACUGUUGAUCGAUCAAAAGAAAAUAACAAUAGUUGUAGCAAAAAUAAUUCCGUAGAGUUACAUUCGGAACAAGAUGUAUAUAGUUCUGCUUUAGAGUCUACGAUACCUGAUGUCGAAAUUAUGAAAGGAAACAAAAAACGAAAAUAUGACGAUUCAUAUUUAGACAUGGGAUUCACGAAAUUUUCCGAUGGACGUCCUCACUUAGACGACAUUUUGAAACUCAUCCCGACUCCACAAAUAAAACCAAGCUAUUUCAAAAGAAAAAGUGAUGAACUCCAUUCAACUCAGAAAACAUUUGUAUCUCAUGUAAAGACACAUUCCGAAAAAGCACUGAAAGCGUCGUACUUAGUAAGUUAUGAAUUGGCUCUUGCUGGCAAACCGCAGACUCUCGCUGAAACUCUUAUAAAACCACUAUUAGUAAAAGAUUUAUCAUACGAUGUUAAAGACACCAUAAUUUCUCGUAUCAGUCAAACAACAUUUUCGUUACAACUUGACGAAUCUACAGACGUCGUCGGAUUAGCUGUGAUAAUAACAUUUGUACGGUAUGAAUUUUCUGGUAUUUUUCAUGAAGAUAUUUUGUUCUGCAAACCACUUCCAUCCUCGACAAGCGGAAAUGGCGCAAAGGCCAUGGUGGGUAAUGUUGCUGGCGUUGUUGCAAGGAUCAAAAAAGUUUCAGCAAAUUGCACGAGUAGUCAUUGUAUAUUACAUCAACAUUCCCUCGCAACAAAAAAAAUGCCUGUGUUAUUAAAAUAA